AAGCAAUGUUCUCGAGUGACGAUGUAUCAGUUGUUGAUAACUCACUGACUCAGUGCUUCCUCGGACACCGGGCUUACAACAUGGCUCGACUCACGCCACAGCUUUCACGACUAAUCAUAACUUUCGUCGUUACUUAUUUGUUCUUAGGAGUGCAUGGAAAACAUAGGAGCAAAAGAAGUUUAACGGAUGUUAAGUGCCUUGAAAAUGGAAGGUUUUACAGGAACCCAGAUAGAGCUGAGGACAAAAUGUGGACAAUAGAUGAGUGCGCUAAAUACUACCUCUGUUUGGACGGCGACGUGUUCGAGUUCCAUUGCUCGCCCGGCUUGAUGUUCGACGUCAACAGGCAGCUGUGUGAUAUGCAACAGAAUGUACACAAUUGCGAUCUCACUACGGAAACUAGGAUCCCGAAGCCACUCCUAGACAUGGCCGACUGUGCCAAUGACACACACAUUGGCUGUUCAAACGGCGACUGCAUUCCCGCCGAAUAUUUCUGCGACGGUUCCAUCGACUGCACGGACGCAUCAGAUGAAGGCUGGUGCGACGUCAAUUAUGAUCCUAAUGCUGCGGAGCCAUGUGACCCUACAGUGUGCGUCCUGCCGGAUUGCUUUUGCUCGAAGCAAGGCAAUGUAAUCCCCGGAAACCUUGUUCCCAGUCAGACUCCGCAAAUGAUCACACUAACCUUCGAUGGCGCAGUAAACCACGAAAAUUGGGAUGCUUACACGAAACACAUAUUUACCCCAGAACGAAAGAACCCUAACGGUUGUCCAAUUAAAGCGACAUUCUUCGUUUCACAUCCGUAUACAAAUUACAGACACGUACAAAAGCUGUGGAAUGACGGCCAUGAGAUUGCAGUAAACUCAAUAACUCGUCGCGGUCCGGAAGAUUGGUGGUCGAAGAAUGCCACCGUUGAAGACUGGUUCGACGAAAUGGUUGGUGAAGCGAAUAUGAUUAACAGAUUCAGCAGAGUUCAUAUGGAGGAUUUCAGGGGCAUGAGGGUGCCAUUCCUUUCAGUGGGUUGGAACCGACAAUUCCUGAUGAUGCAGGAGUUUGGCUUCGUAUACGACGCUACAGUCGUAGCCCCGCUGGCUGAUCCUCCAUUUUGGCCAUACACGCUUGACUACAAGAUGCCACAUCAAUGUACUGGCAACAACCAGUACUGCCCAACGCGAAGCUACGCAGGAAUAUGGGAGAUGGUGAUCAAUCCUCUUUCGAACGGUGACCAUACGUGUGCUACACUGGAAUAUUGCCCAUCCACCCUCACUGGUGAAGAUGUGUACAACAUUUUAGUGAACAACUUCAAACGACACUAUCUGAAGAACAGAGCACCAUACGGAAUUCAUUUGAGCUCUACGUGGUUCAAAAAUAAUGAAUAUUUACUUGCAUUCAAGAAAUUCUUGAGUGAGUUAUUAAAAGUACCAGACGUGUAUUUCGUAACAUACAAGGAACUGAUUGAAUGGAUUAAAAGGCCCACUCCUGCUAUUCAGCUGAAGAAAUUCCAGCCUUGGCAGUGCAAGGAGCGUCACUUUGAAGAGUCAGAAAUCGCGUGUGUUAAGCCUAACACAUGCAAACUAUCUUCCAAAGUGUUGGAACAUGACAAAUACAUGAUCACAUGUACUGAAUGUCCAAAGAGCUAUCCCUGGAUAAGAAACGAAUUUGGAUUUGAUUGAUAUUCUGCAAAAUAAAUAAUUUAUUCAUAAUUUUACAGUUACCAGCUUAAUUGAGAGUUAUUUGAGGGGACCUGACUUUUCAGUAAUGUUAUUUAUUUAAGUUUUUUUUAUUAAAAAUACUGAAAUUUUGAGCUUAUAUUAUUAAGCUUUAUGACUCUAGCAUUCCUAAUGUGGAUAACGUUAUCUCUAUAAGAACACAAAUAUACUUAAUCCAACAGUGAUAUCUUUAAGUUACAAUUUAUUUAUGUGACAGAAAUAUAAAGUGUAUUUGUGCAAUAAUUUAUUAAGUAGUGU